GCCUCCCGCUGUGCCCGCUCUGACUGGCCCCCUCCCCUCUGCACGGCGCUGCCCAGGGACCUCCAGCAUGGGGACAUCUGUCAGGAGGGGUCCACACCCACUGCUGCUGGUCGCCGUGGCCCUUGUCUCCUCCACAGAGCCUCAGGCCCUGGGCGUGCCCCCACCUGCAGCGUGGAACUCAGCCUGGGGGGCCCUGGCCACCUUUGGGCCCGUCUUUGAAGACCAACCCCUGAGCCUGCUGUUCCCGGAGGAGUCCACAGAGGAGAAGGUCACGCUGACGUGCCGCGCCCGAGCCAGUCCCCCAGCCACCUACAGGUGGAAGAUGAACGGCACCGACCUGAGCCUUCAGCCAGGUUCUCGCCACCAGCUGGUGGGGGGUAACCUGGCCAUCCUGAACCCCAGCAAGGCCCAGGAUGCAGGCGUGUACCAGUGCCUGGCCACCAACCCCGUGGGCACGGUGGUCAGCAGGGAGGCUGUGCUGCGCUUUGGCUUUCUGCAGGAAUUCUCCAAGGAGGAGCGAGACCCAGUGAAAACCCACGAAGGGUGGGGGGUGAUGCUGCCCUGUGACCCUCCUGCCCACUACCCAGGUCUCUCUUACCGCUGGCUCCUGAACGAGUUCCCCAACUUCAUCCCAACGGACGGGCGUCACUUCGUGUCCCAGACCACUGGGAACCUGUACAUCGCACGCACCAACGCCUCGGACCUGGGCAAUUACUCGUGCCUGGCCACCAGCCACCUGGACUUCUCCACCAAGAGCGUCUUCAGCAAGUUUGCUCAGCUCAACCUGGUGGCCGGAGACCCCCGCCUCUUCGCGCCCACCAUCAAGGCCCGGUUCCCCGCGGAGACCUAUGCGCUGCUGGGCCAGCAAGUCACCCUGGAGUGCUUCGCCUUCGGGAACCCUGUCCCCAGAAUCAAGUGGCGCAAAGUCGAAGGCUCCUUGUCCCCGCAGUGGGCCACGGCCGAGCCCACCCUGCAGAUCCCCAGCGUCAGCUUUGAAGACGAGGGCACCUACGAGUGUGAAGCAGAGAACUCCAAGGGCCGAGACACCGUGCAGGGCCGGAUCAUCGUGCAGGCUCAGCCCGAGUGGCUCAAGGUCAUCUCAGACACGGAGGCUGACAUUGGAUCCAACUUGCGCUGGGGCUGUGCGGCCGCAGGCAAGCCCCGGCCCACGGUGCGCUGGCUGCGGAAUGGGGAGCCCCUGGCCUCUCAGGCCCGGGUGGAGGUGCAGGCCGGGGACCUGCGGUUCUCCAAGCUGAGCCUCGAGGAUUCAGGCAUGUACCAGUGUGUUGCAGAGAACAAGCACGGCACCGUCUAUGCCAGCGCCGAGCUGUCUGUGCAGGCUCUGGCCCCGGAUUUCAGACUGAAUCCCGUCAGGCGCCUGAUCCCUGCAGCUCGUGGCGGAAAGGUGGCCAUCCCCUGUCAGCCUCGGGCAGCCCCGAAGGCUGAGGUGCUCUGGAGCAAAGGCACUGAGAUUCUGGUCAACAGCAGCAGACUGACUGUCACUCCGGAGGGCACAUUGAUCAUUCGGAACAUCAGUAGGUCUGAUGAAGGCAAAUACACCUGCUUUGCGGAGAACUUCAUGGGCAAAGCCAACAGCACUGGCAUCCUGUCUGUCCGAGAUGCAACCAAGAUCACCCUCGCCCCCUCUAGUGCCGACAUCAACUUGGGUGACAACCUGACCCUGCAGUGCCAUGCCUCUCAUGACCCCACCAUGGACCUCACCUUCACCUGGGCCCUGGACGGCUUCGCCAUUGACUUUGAUAAACCUGGCGCCCACUACCGCCGGGCCAGCAUGAAGGAGACGGUGGGGGAUCUCACCCUCCUGAACGCACAGCUGAGCCAUGGCGGGAAGUACACGUGCACAGCCCAGACUGUGGUGGACAGCGCGUCCAAGGAGGCCACUGUCCUGAUCCGAGGUCCUCCGGGGCCCCCCGGGGGCGUGGUAGUGAGGGACAUCGGAGACACCACUGUCCAGCUCAGCUGGAGCCGUGGUUUUGACAACCACAGCCCCAUUGCCAAGUACACGCUGCAAGCCCGCAGCCUGCCUGCAGGGAUGUGGAAACAGGUCCGCACCAAUCCUGCCAACAUCGAGGGCAAUGCCGAGACCGCCCAGGUGCUGGGCCUCACUCCCUGGAUGGACUAUGAGUUCCGGGUCUUAGCCAGCAACAUUCUGGGCACGGGGGAGCCCAGUGGACCUUCCAGCAAAAUCAGGACCAAGGAAGCGGCCCCCUCAGUGGCCCCGUCGGGACUCAGUGGUGGUGGUGGCGCCCCUGGAGAGCUGAUCAUCAACUGGACGCCCAUGGCCCGAGAGUACCAGAACGGAGAUGGCUUCGGCUACCUGCUGUCCUUCCGCAGGCAGGGCAGCGCCAACUGGCAGAGCACCCGGGUGCCCGGUGCCGGUGCCCAGCACUUCGUCUACAGCAACGAGAGUGUCCGGCCCUACACACCCUUUGAGGUCAAGAUCCGCAGCUACAACCGCCGCGGGGACGGGCCUGAGAGCCUCACUGCGCUCGUGUACUCAGCAGAGGAAGAGCCCAGAGUGGCCCCAACCAAGGUCUGGGCCAAAGGAGUCUCCUCGUCAGAGAUGAACGUGACGUGGGAGCCGGUGCAGCAGGACGUCAAUGGGAUCCUCCUGGGCUAUGAGAUCCGGUAUUGGAAAGCCGGAGACAAGGAGGCAGCGGCUGACCGUGUGAGAACUGCAGGGCUGGACACCAGUGCCCGAGUCACUGGCCUGCAGCCCAACACCAAGUACCAUGUGACUGUGCGGGCCUACAACAGGGCGGGUACUGGGCCUGCCAGCCCUUCUGACAGCACCCAGACCAUGAAGCCCCCUCCGCAGCGACCUCCGGGUAACAUCUCCUGGACCUUUUCCAGCUCCAGGCUCAGUAUCAAGUGGGAUCCAGUGGUCGCAUUGCGCAAUGAGUCUGCGGUCACUGGCUAUAAGAUGCUGUACCAGAAUGACCUGCACCCAACACCCACACUCCACCUCACCAGCAAGAAUCGGAUUGAAAUUGCAGUCCCAGAAGAUAUCGGCCAUGCCCUGGUGCAGAUCCGAACCACAGGGCCUGGGGGGGACGGGGUUCCAGCCGAAGUCCACAUCGUGAGGAAUGGAGGCACAAGCAUGAUGGUGGAGACCUCGGCGGCCUGCCUCAGCCUGCACCCCGGUGCCAUCUUCUCACACUCCGUGGCCAUGCUGGUGCUCAUUGGCUCCCUGGAGCUCUGACGGGCCCCCUCUGCCUGGCUAGGCCCCCACUGUGCCUGAGAGGGGCUGGGCGCAGACGGCCGGUUCAGAGGGUGCCCUUCCAACCGUGGAGGCAGGUGUUUCCUGCUAGAACCCCUGCAAGGACUCUGUUAAGCAAGAUGCACCGGGUACUCUGUUCUCUGAGAGUGGGAACCUCCACCCGAUGUCACCUGCGAACUGGACUUGGAGUGACAGGCCUGGGGAA